UCCCCACCCCCCCGUGCGGGCUCUGUCCAAGCAGCGCGGCAUCACGACGUACUAACGCCUCCCAGGAUCCGGGUCGCAGCGUCACCGGGAGCUUUCCGACCGCUGCAAGAGGGCAAGAGGUGGCCGGCGGGCCUGGGGCGCCUCAGGUGGGGACGCCCCGCCUACUGGGCCCAGCCGGCCUCCUCCCGUCUGCCCCGGCCCCUCGGCCCCGCCCACUCGGCCGCCUCAGGUGGGGCCGCCUCGCCCGCCCGGCCCCGCCCACCCCGCGCGCCUCAGGUGGGGCGGCCCCGCCCGCGCAGCCAGCCCGGCUCGCCCAGCCGCGUCAGGCCGCGUCUCCUCAAUUCCUCGCGGGCGGUGGCUGCGGCCGCGGCGGCGCUACAAGUUUUGACAUUUUGGCGGCGGAGGAGCGCGCCGGCAUUUCGGAGCCGACGGCUGCGGCAGCCGCCGACCCUCGAGGGCCCUUCAGCCGCGCCCCCGGCGUUCCCGCAGCCCAAAGUCAGGGCGGCCACGAGGCCCGGCCGCGUCUUCCCGCGUUCGCCGGCCGGGCGGCUGCAGCCAUGUCACGGGGGCCGGAGGAAGUGAACCGGCUCACGGAGAGCACCUACCGGAAUGUUAUGGAACAGUUCAAUCCUGGGCUACGAAAUUUGAUAAACUUAGGAAAAAAUUAUGAAAAAGCUGUUAAUGCUAUGAUCCUUGCGGGAAAAGCCUACUACGAUGGAGUGGCCAAGAUUGGUGAGAUUGCCACCGGGUCCCCCGUGUCGACAGAGCUGGGCCAUGUUCUCAUAGAGAUUUCAAGUACCCACAAGAAACUCAAUGAGAGUCUUGAUGAAAAUUUCAAAAAAUUCCAUAAAGAAAUUAUACAUGAGCUGGAGAAGAAGACAGAACUUGAUGUAAAAUACAUGAAUGCAACUCUCAAAAGAUACCAAACGGAACACAGGAAUAAAUUAGACUCUCUGGAGAAAUCUCAAGCAGAGUUGAAGAAGAUCAGAAGGAAAAGUCAAGGAGGACGAAAUGCACUCAAAUACGAACACAAAGAAAUUGAGUAUGUAGAAACCGUUACGUCUCGCCAGAGCGAAAUCCAGAAAUUUAUUGCAGAUGGUUGCAAAGAAGCUCUACUUGAAGAGAAAAGGCGCUUCUGCUUUCUGGUCGACAAACACUGUAGCUUUGCAAAUCACUUACAUUAUUAUCAUUUACAGUCUGCAGAAUUACUCAAUUCCAAGCUGCCCCGGUGGCAGGAAACCUGUGGUGACGCUACCAAAGUGCCUGAGAAGAUCAUGAAUAUGAUCGAGGAAAUAAGGACCCCGAGCUCCACCCCCGUGUCCGGGACACCCCAGCCCUCACCGAUGAUCGAGAGAAGCAGCAUGGUUGGGAAAGAUUAUGACACUCUUUCUAAAUAUUCGCCAAAAGUGCCCCCAGCUCCUUCAGCCAGAGCGUAUACUAGUCCUUUGAUCGAUAUGUUUAAUAACCCAGCAACAGUUGGACAGAAUUCAGAAAAGCUAAAGAAUUCAACAGAUUCUUCAGAUGAUUCCAGUUUACAGCGAUCAGUUUCUGUUGCAACUGGACUGAACAUGAUGAAGAAGCAGAAAGUAAAAACCAUUUUUCCACACACCGCCGGCUCCAACCAGACCUUGCUCAGCUUCGCCCAGGGAGACAUCCUCACGCUGCUUGUCCCUGAGGAGAAGGACGGCUGGCUUUAUGGAGAGCAUGACACCACCAAAGUGAGGGGCUGGUUCCCAGCAUCCUACACAAAGUUGCUAGAAGAAGAUGCAAAGGAGGCCAUGAGCGUGCCCACACCAAGCCCUGCCCCGGUGAGAAGCAUCAGCACGGUGAACUUAUCUGAGAAAAGCAGUGUCGUCAUCCCCCCACCUGAUUACUUGGAAUGUUUGUCCUUGGGAGCGGCUGCAGAUAAGAGAGCAGAUGUUUCCAAAAGUAUCUCUACCUUUAAAGCACCGGUGUCCAAGCCAGAAGCCACAUCUCCUAACGAUGCAAAUGGGACAGCAAAGCCUCCUUUCCUCAGCGGAGAAAACCCCUUUGCCACUGUGAAACUCCGACCGACGGUGACAAACGACCGCUCCGCACCCAUCAUCCGAUGAAGGCGGGCUUGGGAACGCCUGUUCUCCGACAUUAAGUUCCCACUUGCAGAAUGACAGCUGUUGGGCGCGCGCUGUAACUGUGGUAAAGCUUCGCCAAAGGGUGCCUGGUUUUAACUAUAUUCUACUUGAGCAGAUCAACGCGGUCUCUCAAUUUAACAUAGUUGGGUUGAUACUUCUUUAUCUUCUUAAAGACGGAAAUGUAAUAGUUUAGUGAUCAACUCAAUCAUUUAAAAUAUCUAUUCUGUUCAUCAGAAGGCAGUAAAUUUGGUUCCAAUCCUUACUGUAUCAUUUUUUAAAUGUUCUGAUUUUUUUUUUUAAUAGCCAGAGUAAGGGAUAGUCCGUGCUUUCAUGACUGGCUUUCCGCACCCGAAUGCAAAGGAGACCACAGUUUUAUUUUAUAAAGCAUGUGCUCUUACCUAGCAUUAUGACGUUUAUCUAAAAGAAAUGAUGUGUAAAUUUGCAUCUUAGCAUGCAAAUCAUAACUGUAAGCAAUAUAAAUUAUGAGAUUAUAUAAAAAGCUUUUAACUUAAAAAUUUUAAACUGUUUAAUCAAAUGUAGAGCUACAUAAGGUGGAGGAAUCCCCAAGCUGCCCUCGAUUUAGACGUAGGUGUAGAGCUCACAGACGUUUGGCCUGCUCCUGUCUCGGCCUUGACGUCUAGUACUCCUGCGUCUCCAGAGCUCCUGGGCUCGGCGGGUCAGAGUUACGGACUGGACUGACCAGCGACCACACACCAGGCCCUGCUGCACUUGGGCCUGACUCAGAGCGUCCCACGUGCGGGCGAGGGCCUGCUGUGAGCAAGUGUCCCCGCGGCGCUAGCUGCCCGAGGUUGCCUCCGUCGCUAGUGAACUCUGAAACGUCCUGGGGGCCAAGUUUCUCCAUUUCUGAAUCGUCCUGACCCCUGCCCCUCCAAAGAGCACGUAGGAAGCCAGAAGCCUGAGUGCUGUUGGCUGGGAGGGGAAGGUCUGCCUUUCGUCUGAGAGCUGCCAUCAUGCCCUCAGAAUCGGGAAGUCCGCGCCAGUGGCCACCUUCACCCCUGGCCGCCAGAGACGGGCACUGGUUGGGAGGCGGGCAGCAGCGCACCGCACGGCCGGCCCCUGCGCUGUGCGGGCGCAAGGAGGGCCUCGUUUAUCACAGCAACUUGGGUCUCGCCAUAAAUCCAACCUUUUCCUAUAAGCUUCAAAGUGGUCACAGUCAAAUGCAGGUAAACCAGUGGAAGCGUGUGACAUUUCACGUUCUUGGUCCUGUCCUGCCUGCCCAGUGAACCCGGCCACCCCACCCAGGGCCGAGUUCUGUGGGCAAACGCGCGUCCUGAGCAAAGACGCGCCAGCCGGUCCAGUAAAGACAAGACAGAGUGACAUCUCACUCGGGGGUCCCCGGCUUCUCCCAUCUGAGUAAGAGGAGGGUUCAUGGAAACGCAGCAUUGGUCUCUGUGGUGGGGGUGAGGCCGCCCUGACCUCCAGGGCUCUGCUCUUCAGGAUCCUCAGGCUUUGUUAUGGAGAUUCUCAGGCGCCUGGGUCUCAGCCCGCACAGAAUUGGGGGAGGGGGAGGGCUUCUUAGGUCCUGGCACAGAGGUGCGUGCUCUGUAAAUGUCAAGGUAUUAUGUUUUGUUACAUUAAUAAAAUUUGGAAAGCACACUCGAGAGCUGUGGCUGUCUACGGAGGCCUAGAUGAACACGGGCCAGGAGCCGGACCGCGCUGAAGCCCGGCGGCAGGGAUGUUGCUCUAGUCUGUUUGGUUACAGGAACUUUCCAACGUGUACACAAGUUUGUUUGUACAGCAGCGGUGUGUGUGCACUGAAAAAGCAGAACCAGGUAAACAAUGGUAUGAAUUUCAUUUAUUUAAAACAGUAUUUCUCACCUUCCUCAAAUUGAAGACUGCAAAAAAUAAAAGCAGUGCUUGAGCUGUCAUUCAUCCCGGAGCAGUGCUGCUGUGUCCCCACGCUGUGACCCCUGCGCCCACGAAACCGCAGCUCACGCCAUCUAUCUCCCCUCGCUUUACAAAACAGUCCUGAAAGCUUAAUCAAAUAAAGCUACUGUACAUGACAUUUACAUUAGAAAAAGACAGCUGGAUGGAGGAAAGC